CCCCUCAGAAUUAGUCCAAGCCUUAAAAGUUCCUAAGGAGCAAAUUCAUCGAAUAUGUGAAGAAAGAGGAAACAUUACUCCUGACUUAGCAACUCGUUUAUCUAUUUACUUUAAUAGCACCGUGGAAUUUUGGCUCAAUCUCCAAAGAAGUUAUGAUAGAGAAAUUACCGAGGAAAAAUUAACCUGA